AUGGCCAAGCUCACCAAAGUUCUCGCCUCUGCUCUGGCUCUGGCCGGAUCUUCUGUCGCUACGUGGCCUCCCAACAGCAAGGACUGCACUACCACCGCUGCAGCUGCCGAUGGCUUCCCCACUCCCAGUGCUCAACAGCUGAGGUCGAUCGAGGAGACUGCCGAUGGUACUCUCUCGAAUGCUCCUCCGCCAGCCACACUUGCCGACAGCACCCUUCAGUCACUCCAGGUCAUCGCCGUCAACGAAGAAUUCGAGGUCGCCUACUUCCGGUCCCUUCUCGCCAACGUCACAACCGAAGUUCCCGGCUUCGAGUCAUGGAAGGGCUAUGGCAAGGCCGAGCUGGAGAAGAUCCUCAAGGUUAUCAUUGCUCAAGAAGAGCUCCACGCACUCAACGCACUCAAUGCCCUGAACAAGUUCAAGAAGCUUGCUCCUCUGCCCUGCAAAUACCACUUCCCGGCCACCAACAUCCACGACGCCAUUGCCGUGGCUGAAGCUUUUACCGCAGUGGUUCUGGGCACUCUCCAAGACGUCACUCAGGGCGCUGCCGCAGCUGGUGAUGCCGGUUUCACACGAGGCGUGGCUUCCAUCAUUGGUCAGGAGGGUGAGCAAAAUGGCUUUUACCGAACUCUCCUCGGCGCCGUCCCCUCCGAGAAGCCAUUCCUCACUACCAGCGUCGGCCCGUUUGCUUAUUCCUUCCUCAUCAACAACUUUAUUGUUCCCAACUCGUGCCCCUUUGACGUCAACUCUCUCGGUGUCCCCAUCUUCACCCAGCUCAACGUUGAGGGUGGUUCCGCCGCUCUGGCCGUCAAGCCCGAUGAUCAGUGGCUCCACUACAGCGCCGACCUGAGCUCCGUCAAGAACGCCGGCAAGUUCGCCAACGGCAAGGGUGAUGGUCUCUUCGUCACCUACUUCAGCGGCCAGCUGCUGCCCAUCAGCGUUCCCGUCAAGGACUUUAAGUGGAACGGUGGCAAGGUUUCCUUCAAGGCCUUCUUCCCCUUUGAGGAGAACAUCAUGUUCGGCCUGUCCCUCGCUGCUUUGACCGACGGCAGCAACUUCACCAGCCCUGAUGCUGUUCCCGCCGCGACACUGGCCGCCCCUGCUAUUAUCAACGUCAACGACGAGUUUUAA